GUAUUGAUUUUUAAGAUUUGAUUCCGGCGUAUGGCACGAAUAGCUGGAAGAAAAUGGCUCCGUAUAUGUAUGAAUUGUGUAUUGUGAGAGGGAUGGCACAAUAUUACGGAUUUAUGCUGAAACUGUUAAAUACAUAUUUGAUUUGUGAUUUAUAUUAAUAUUACAUAUGUUCAAGGUAUUUUUGCAUUUUAGCUCUCCUGAACCAUAGAAGGCUGAUUGAUGUUGGUGACCUCAGGUUUUUUGUUAAUGACCCAAACUGCAAGAUCGACAGGCAACAUAUGCGAGAAACUGCACUUACAAUAUCUUUAUGUAUAAUUUUUGUUGCACAUACCAGCAACAAUUAAGUUUUAGUUGUUUCAGUAUAUUCUUUUAGAAUUUUUGUUACGCCAGCAACAAAUAAGUUCAUCACUCUUACAUGUUAUGAUGGGGGACCAUGAUAACCCACAGAAGAAACGAUCCAUCGAUGAAAUUAUUGAACAUAUGACUGCAGAUAUACAAACUAGUGAUGGCCAGUAUAUACCGUUGGGAUUUACACCACCACCUGCACAUGCCACAGUGCCACAUGGUUGGUCAGAAUAUGCAAUGCCUGUAAGUGAAAGUAACGAUAAUCAUUCCUUUUCUCCUCACACACCAAUGACAAUGAAUUCAGGAGAAAAUAACAUAUUUCUUAAUGAUGUUUCUGGUGUCCAUUAUGAGAUUAAUACUUCCCAUUUGCCUAAACUGGGCAGUGAAAUUCCUCAACAUCAUAGUUUCUACUACGCAACAGCUCCAAGGCAGCAGCAAUUGAACACAAUGGGAGAGAAUCAUGAAAUAAUUGGAACUAUGGUUGAUGGUGGAGGGAACAUUGUUAAUGUUGUGUAUAGUGGUUCCAAUAUGUCACGACAGCCAUACCAUGUGAUGGCCCAUGAUAACAGAGAACCUAUGAAGCAUCCAAUAGGAGGAUUUAUACCUUACCAAAGUGGUAAUCUUGGCAAUUCUUCCAACCACUUGAGGGAUUAUGGGCUUUUCAAUAGUAGUGAUGUACAACAACAGUCCCCGCAGAGUUGUAGGCACCAACCACAACACUUCCAAGGAACUGUAAGUAAUCGAGCACAGUUGAUUGAAAACCUGGUUGGAAAUUGGGUACCAAAUCAGAGUGGCACGUAUAGUCCAUUUGGAUGUAUGGAUAGUGGUGUUAGACCAGUACCAUCAACAAACCAGCAGGGAAUCCAGACAGUUCGAGUACCUUCUGAUGCAGAAAUGGAAUAUAAAGGGGUUGGACGCAGUGUUCGAAAGGCAAGGAUAGUUGCAGAAGUACGUCCUAUGAGACCAACUUAUUCUGAUGUCCUUGCAAAGUCAGCACCUACAACAUUACCAGCAGUUAAACCUACUUCUAAUAAUACAAAUGCAGCCAGUAACAAAUCUGAGUUUACAAAUCCUGCAAAAUCCAAAGUUUGUGCUUCGAAAGGUGGUAAUGGCAAAAAGAACAGUAAAAGUGGCAUAUUGAAAAGGCAGCAUUCUUCUGGCAGUGAUGAGCAUAAUACUAAUGGAAAUUUAAAUACCAGCAAAUUGAUUCAGAAUCCAGUCCUAGUCCAAAAAUCUGUGGGUAAUGUCUUGAAGCAUUACAAUUCUGGUAUUGGGUUCAAUUCUCUUCCACGAAAAUGGGUUUCAUUAGAUGAUUUGGAUAGUGAUAAGCAAAUUACAGGAGAAUUAGGUGAAGAAAUGUUUCAGUCAGAAGAUGUAGUAGCAUCAAGAAACCUGCAAAGUGGAUCACGGAAUGCUGUUGGUGAAGGCGGCAACAAGAAAUCUAUUGCAGUGCCUAAUUUGAAAUCUAAGUGUGGACAGCAGGAUGACUCUCUAGGAACUACACUGAACAACCACAAGCCACCAGCAUGCACCCCAGGUGGCAAAGGCCCAGGUGGGUUAGGUGGUGUAACAACUAAACGUCCACCUAUUCAUAUCAAUAACAAUCUUGGCACAUCCACUUGGGGUGGUGCUGGAACUGCUGCAGGAGGAACAGGAGUUGGCAGCAUUGGAACAGAAGAAAAGAAUAUUCUUAAAGGAAGUGGUGGAGCUAGGAUUUGUAGAAACUGUCCGGAUGAUAAGAAAGGCAAAAGUGAUGUGAAAACUGGAUCAGCUGGGACAGGUUCUGCAAGGUCAGGGUCAGCUCGAAGUAGUUCCACAUCGGGUACCCACAGUUCAGGAAGCUCCGAGAAACCUGCUCUCAGCAAGAGGCGAGGAAAGAAAAAGGAGUGUCAUUCCCCCUUAGCACUGUUUUUUCAUCCUGUGAAGCGUCAUGUGACGCAUUGGGGUCAGAUAGCUGUACAGAUAAUCUUCUGGUUCUUCCAUCUGCUCUCAGAUGUCCUUAGUAUGAGUGUUCGUCUGUUUGCACAUCUGUGUGCAUUUAUCUAUGAUUGGUUGUGUACAUGGACAGUCCACUCGUGGAAGAAGCUAAGUGGCGCGGUGCUGCACUUGAAAGUCUUUGAAGUACUGCAAUUUCGUGCUGGCUGGUGGAAUUUGUGGAGAAGGAAGGAAAAGUCUUCCACUGGAGGACAGACGUCGUCAGGCAGUGGGGAUGGAGUCAAUUUUAAGAAUGGCUUUCCCUGUGGGUUGGAGAAUAAUAUUUCUCUCCCCUCCACUGGUGAUGAGGCGAUGAGGAGGCUUCUGGCAUGCAAGGGGAAAGAUCCUUACAGCAUUCUGGGGGUAACUCUUCACUGCACAGAUGACGAUAUAAAGAAGUACUAUAAACGUCAGGCAGUCCUGGUUCAUCCAGACAAAAACAAUCAGCCAGGUGCUGAAGAAGCAUUCAAGAUACUUGUCCAUGCUUUUGAACUCAUUGGAGAACCUGAACGACGUACGGCUUACGACAGGAGAGUGGCAGAAACACAGCAAGUGGAACAAGCCUGGAGUGAAUUGAGUGACUUAUUGUCACAACUUCAUAAAAAAAUGGAGUAUGCAGCUAAUACCAUCAGGUGCACAAACUGCGGUAAACGUCACCGUCGCAUUCAUGUGAAUCGGCCUUGCUAUGCAGCCAGGUUCUGUGCACAGUGCAAGAUCCACCAUAAUGCUAAAGAGGGUGAUAUUUGGGCCGAGAGCUCGAUAUUUGGCUUCUUAUGGCACUACUAUGCCUGUAUGGAUGGUGGAGUAUAUGACAUUACUGAAUGGGCCGCUUGCCAGGCCGAUAACUUGCGCCAUUUACGUGCCAACACUCACAUUGUGCAGUAUCGCAUAGUCCUGGGGAAACAGACGCAACAGCAAUCUCAUGGAAGGCAUCAUAGUAACAGGACUGAACCUGAUUUGGAAGACUUUCUCAAUAACCUUUACAGCCAGUCAGGUGGAAGUGGAGUAGGCACUGCAGAAGGAGGAUACUCCGAUCAGGGACGAAAUCGUAGGAAAGGCAAACGCAAAAAGUGA